AUGUCAUAUGACCGUGAAGGUCUUGCAAGAGAAAGUGAUAACCUGUCACGUAAACUAACUGAUGAGCAAAGAGGAGUCUAUGCAACGAUACUUGAGGAUGUUGCGUCUAACCUAUGUGGUUUGUUCUUUGUCUACGGAUACGGCGAAACUGGGAAGACGUUUCUAUGGAGGGCAUUGUCUUUGGAAAUGCAAUCUAAAGGUGAUAUUGUUAUCAAUGUUGUAUCAAGUGGUAUAGCUUCUUUACUUUUACUUAGUGGAAGAAUUGCACACUCAAGGUUUGCAAUACCAAUUUCCAUUACAGAAGACUCAACAUGUAAUAUUAAACCUGGUAGUGACCUUGCUGAGUUGAUUGUGAAACCAAGCUGA